UCUCGCGGUUCGGCUUGCUUGGAAGCACGAGUAACAUGUUACAUAAUAAUCCGCGAUUUAAUUCCCAAUACGAAAAUGAUCAAAGCGAUUAAUGGCGAUCCAAGUGUUUGCCAUGUUCGGUUGCGCUCUACUAACGCUAGGGGUUGUGCUAUUGCUAACGGUCGGGAGUUGCGGUGAAUCGCUCGCGAAAACUGUGCGACAAGUGGAUGAAAACCCUUACGGUGUGCUGUCCCCUUUCGGUAAUAGAUCGAUAGCGCGCCGGAAUUACAAAUUAGAAACCGGCGGCAACGUCGAUAAUAACAAAGAUUCGAACAAUAAUGAAGUCUCGGAUUAUGAAAACGGUAAAAAGCGUAAGCGCCGCAGGCGUUCAAUUAAGAAAAAAUUGGCAGAUCGAGUUUUAUUACAAAAGGAAGAAGCCCAUAAAGUUCGACACCACCACGGAGAAAAAUUCGUGCGCGAACGCAUACUUUCCGACGAAAUAGAAAGGCGGAAGCGAAAUUCAUAUGUGACCCAAGACGGGGUUGUCCAUUACAAAUAUAACCCGAUAGUUCCUUGCUACGGUUGGAAUUACUACAGCACUUACAGGUGCACCAAGUGCAUCUGCACGCGGGAAACUUGCUUCCCGCGCCGCUGCGAGUCCCUCAGACCUACCACUACUGGAGUCAUACCGGAAGUGAAUCGCAGCACGACGCGCAAACCUACACCCCAUAUAUACACCGGUCCUGGAAAAUACUGGCUCGGUCCCCGUUUAGGUUGCAAUUGUAAUCUGAGAGGCUCGGAAUUAUCGACGUGUGACAUUACGACGGGUCAAUGCCGCUGCAAACAGCACUACGUUGGAAGAACUUGUGACAGGUGUCAGGACGGCUACUGGGAACACAUAGCAGGAUGUACAAAGUGCGAAUGCGACAUCGACGGCUCCUACGGCAGCGCGUGCAACGAAAGAACCGGCCAAUGUAACUGCAAGCCCGGAAUAGGCGGUACUCAGUGUAACAAUUGCCUGCCGAAUUACUUCGGAUUUUCGUCGUCCGGUUGUAAAGAAUGUGAACCUUGCAAUAAACGAGGACAUAUCUGCGAUCCUGAUACCGGUAGAUGCAUUUGUCCCGCGUACAGCUAUGGGGAGUACUGUCAACUGUGCACAAUCAACGCUUGGGGUUACGAGCCGAACAAGGGAUGCAAGGCGUGUAACUGUUCCAAUUCUGGCAGUCUUCGGAUGCAGUGUGAUCUUGCCACUGGAGAGUGCAGCUGUCGCCUUGGUUUCGCCGGGUUUAAUUGUGAUCGUUGCGACCAUGGGUACUUUGGGUACCCGAGGUGUCGGAGGUGCAACUGUAAUUACUCGGGCAGUGACUUGGUUAAAGCAAGGUGUGAUAAGGAAGGCGUCUGCCAAUGUAACGAGGAUGGAAGUUGUCUUUGUAAGCCUAAUGUUGGAGGAAAACGAUGUGACCAAUGCAAGGAAGGCACUUUUGGUUUACAAUUGGACAACCCUGAUGGAUGUACUCAGUGCUUUUGUUUCGGUAGGUCAUCGAAGUGCAGCGAGUCGGGAUUGACAUGGGGCCAAAUUCGCAUGCACACCCCUCGAUGGUUAACAACCACCGUGAAAAAGUCAGACUUGGCACGCGACAUUGAGACUUCAGACAAGCUCUUGGUGGCACCAGACGAGAAUGGCAAUGUCACUAUAAAUCGCUACCAAUUUGAGUCGCCGCUUUACUGGAGGCUGCAUUCGAAGUUCGACGGUGAUCGCAUAUUGUCUUAUGGAGGCUACUUACGUUUUGUAGCCGAUACUCUUAACCCAAGACAGCGGUUACCACAAGACGUGCUCAACCACUACCCCCUAGUGCAACUGCGAGGCCAUGGAAAAAUUGUCCUAGAAUACUAUCCCCCACUACCCAUAAAGGGUAACCGCUACGAAGUACGUCUACACGAAUCACUUUGGAAACGCAUCUAUCCCAAAGAAACCCACCUAACUCCUCGCGAGCUGCUAAUGGUCGCUUUGCAAAAUAUUCAAAAUAUUUUCGUCAAAGCAACCGACUCUGCCAGUUUUGAAAAAUUACUUCUCCAAGAUGUCAUUCUGGAUACCGCCAUCGAAGUACCUGGUAACCCACCACCGCUAGCAAAGGGCGUCGAAAUAUGCGAGUGCCCUCGCCAGUACAACUCGUCCUCGUGUCAAGAUCCCAGCAUUGGUUUCUUUCGCCAUUACACUCCUUCCUCGGUCAAUGGGACUAUCCUCAUUGACACCUUCGUGGGGCAGGCCCGCGCAUGCACCUGUAACGAUCGCUCGGACAUUUGCGACACCGAAACCGGGUAUUGCUUGGGUUGCAGGGACAACACCCAUGGUAGAUACUGCGAGAAGUGCGCCGAUGGUUAUUACGGCAAUCCGAUGUUGCCCUUCGAGAAAUGCCAGCCAUGUCCGUGUCCUUCGCCCACUCAAAAUUUCGCGAGCGAGUGUAGGCAGUUAUCCAAGACAAACGAGUUUAUUUGUAACUGUAAACAAGGUUACACUGGACACAAAUGUGAUAGCUGCAGUCCCGGAUAUUACGGACAGCCACAGCUGGCGGGUGGAAGCUGCCAGCCUUGCAAUUGUAACGUGGAAGGAACAUUGAGUCAUGAGUGCGAUAUGGUUACCGGGGCAUGCUUUUGUAAGCCAGGUAUUUCCGGUCGUCACUGCUCACAGUGCGAGAAACCAAGGCAUGUGCUCCAACAGUUCAAGUGCACCCCUUGUGAUAAGUGCACCCAGUGGCUUCUGGAUGACAUCGGCCAGUUAUCUUACGAUCUGGACCAGAACACCCACUUCUUACUGAAUGGCUCAAUUGAACCACCCUGGGGCACCUUACGUAACAUCGAAAAGCGCUACGUAUUUCUCAACGAUAAACUCGCCACGUAUCUAAAUAACAAGCACUCUGCAGAAGAACUGAUUGCAAACACCUCGAUAGACGCUCUCAAAGUUCGCCUGAACAGCUUAGAGAACCGUUAUAACAAACUCGGUCUUGAUGACGUCACGCAGAAAGCUGCAGAGAUUGACAAGAUGGCAAAAGAUCUAGAUAGUGAGCUACGUGAGAGCAAACCGCAAUUACAACAAUUAAUUGAAACGUUGCAGAACUUUGGCAAAUCCCAAAUAAGUACACAAGAAGCGGUAAAGGAAGGCGAAGCUUUACUGAGGGAAAUUCAGGAUAUCGCCAAAACUAUGAAUUAUCCUCACGGCGAAAUUUUGUCCAAAUGUGAACAGGUCAAGGCGGUUAUUGAGAAACUGAUGCAAACGACGCCCAAUCCUCAAAGGGUGGCGGACGAGUUGUCCACGUUAAAAGAGCGUCUGAAGGACAUCGAUGUUAUUAUCACCAAUAUUGAACUAGUGCGGAAAGAUGCCGAACUAAAAAAUACCGGUAAUAAGAUACGCAUUGAUGGUGUAAAGCGGGCGAUUGACGAAAUCCAGAAGAAAACUAAGGAAAUCAAGGAGGAUGUUGACAACUCGAAGAAUAUGAUAAAGAAGGCGAUGGACGCCUUGGAAGGGAUUCGCCUAAUUUACAGCGAGCUGGGAUCAGAUGACAGCCUCAAAGACCUAGUGCAGCAGUUGCAAGUUAGGCACGCGAAGUUGAGCCGCAUUAACCCCAAUGGAAUACUGGAGGCCGUAUUGCAACACGUGGAGGGCUUAGAAAAGAAAGCGUCGGAAUACGCAAAAUUAUUCAAUCUAUCAAGCAAGGAGAUAAACGCGGUAAAGGCCAGCGAGGCCUAUGCAAACAUUAAGAAGUACUUGGACGAAGCAAGCCGGUUGGCAAACGAGGCGCUUGCCAACAUUAAUACCGCCAUGGAUACGCUUUCGCCGGAGGGUAAAGAUUCGAUCUCGACUAACGCGUCGAUUUCUAUGGCAGACUCUGAACGGCUCGAAAUACGGAUACGGCACCAGAUUGAUAAUCUGGCGGAUAUCAAACAAAGAAAGGACAUUGUCGCGUUAAAGGUGAAAGCCGUCGAUUCGAACAAUUGGCGCAACGGCUUAACAAACCGGGACCAGGAUAACAAACUGCACGAAAUGAAGACUCAAUUGAACAAGCGGAGCAAGGAGAAGAUACAGGAUUUACUGAACGAGGCGAUCGAUCAGACCGAUAGAAUGAAGGACGUACACAGACAAGCGAUGAACAUCGACGUGUCCAAGGACUACGAGCUCUUUAAACCUUACCAAAAGUUACUCAAUCUAACCAGCUCGGACAAUCUUCGCAAGUUGCAGGAGCAGAUCACGGUUACGCAGGACGAACUGCGAAAUAUGCUCGGUGAAAAGCACACCUAUCUCGAUAUCAUCAAGCAGAAUACAAUUAAAUUUAACGAGUUUCGUACGGCGAAUAACUCGCUCGCUUUAAAGUUGCAAGCGCUCAAGGCACAAAUAAAGAGUGCUAAGAAAACCGCGGAAGGGAUAAGGAUUUCUUUAACUGGUGCAACUUGCGAGCGAUCCUACAAAAUUGACACACUAUCUCCGACACUUGUGUCAAAACUCAUAGUAAAAUUCAACUACACUCUUAGCAGUGAACCAAGCACCAGCUCACUAUUUUACCUUAACACCACCAUUGGACAGUACAUGAACCUAAAGAUUAAAGACAAUCAUAUUGUCUUUUCCAUAAAAUUGGGUAAUGCAGUUAUAGAGCAUGACUACGUCAUGCCACAAAGUGACUUUUACACGGUUGCCAUUGAAAGAAUCGCUAAUUACGUAGAAAUGACUGUCAAUAAUGAAGUGGUGGAGUCUAAGGAUGUGAUCAGUCCGAAGAGCGAGGUGACACUGUUCAAGACUUCUCCACAGAGCUUAAUACACAUUGGGUACGCUCUAGACGCCGAGCCAGGCAUCACGGCUUGUAUACGCGAUGUGAUCUACAACAAUUACAAGAUAGGCAUGUGGAAUUUCCACACCAGUGAUGGGCAGUGCGCUGGGUGCAUUAGAAGCAACGAGCUCACGCUGGAAAGCACCUAUGACUUCUACCAAGGUGACGGUUACUCCAUGAUAUCUAAGGAGCAGCAGGACAAGUACGCAAAUCCGGCCCAGUUUAACGUUCAAUUUUCACUUAGAACUUUCGACGAGAAUGCUCUACUCUUCCUAGCUGCUGAUCCCGAACGCAAAAACUACCUCGCGAUCUUCUUAAAUGACGGUCGCAUACACUAUCGCGUCCAUUAUCCCAACGAAGAGGAUAUAAUCAUGAAGACUGAGAAGAAGUACAACAACGGGGAAAAGGUGAGAAUAUCAGCGGAGAAAGUAUGGGUCCGAACAGCGAAACAAGUUGACGCGGUCUUGCGCGUUAAUGACGGCCUUGAGGUGUUCAACGAUAGCCGAAGUAACAUCGAUAGUGGCACGAAUAUAAGGUUGAAGAAAAUCCAUUAUUACUUCGGCGGCGUGCCGCCCGAUUACUUUUUAAAUUCGAUGGGCGUCACUGAUACGCUACCCACGCAUCAGUCUCUGCUGGGCGGAUUGGAAGAGGUGAGGGAGUAUCAGCUUUUCAGUGACGACAACAUUAGAAAAUAUAGCGUUACUAAGCAAAGUGGGGAGUUGGAGUUUCGUAAUGUUCUCUUCGAAGGUCUGGGCUACAUACAGCUGAAGGCGAAACGAAUGGAGGGGAGCUUGUUUUUGAUGCUGCGCACCAAGAAUCCGCAUGGUUUUGUGUUGUUCAUUGACGAAGUGCUCAGUAUUAGUAUGAGUGAGGGUAAGCUCGUCGUAAAGGUCUACGAUAGGGAUGAGACCUACACUUUGACAUCAAAGCAAAGCGUUAACGACGAAGUGUAUCACCUAGUCGAAGUCGUACGCUUAAAUACAAACGUGGAAUUGAAAGUGAACGGAGAAACAGACGACAGUAUCCAAACCAAAGAAACCGGUACAAAUAAGUUAAGUGCUGAAACUACCCUGUACCUUGGGGGCGUACCUGAUACCUUUUCCAAACUGUUGGAAGGAAACAGCUUGCUUGUGGGCGAAAUUAGUGAUAUAUUGAUAGAUAAUAAGUUAGUUAAAAUUAAUAAAAACACAGUGCAAUACUUUGAGAAAGUUAAAAUUGGGAGAUCGAUCACCGUGCAGCAACCAAUGCAGGCGCCGAAGAAUUUCCAAGAACCGGACGAGACCAAAACCGAAAUGAAAGAGAUGCAAAACACCGAAGGUUGCGGUGUCGCGCUCAACUACACGUUCGAUCCGAACGCGGCGAAGUUCGGUGACAAACCGUUCAGUUACGUUUUGCACUACCUCAAAGACAACUUUUGGCGGAAGGACUACAAGCUGGGUAUCUCAUUUCGCACCUACCAACCGAACGGUGUCCUAUUCACGGCAUUUGGACCGAGGCAGCACUACAACUUAUUGGAGAUACGAGGGGGAAGAAUAGUGUUUAAAAGCAAUGGAAAACGUUUGCGGAAUGUGGAGUUGCCGCAGAAGGUCGAUGACGGUAACUGGUACAGUGUGACGGUCGAGGCGAGUGGAGUUAAGAAGAAGCGUAAGUUGACGGUGUCGAUUAAUGGGUACAAGACGAAACCGUUGAGGCUUCCUCGUAAUAAAAUCAGUCGGGAGAUAUACAUCGGAGGGAUUUCCGAGAAUAUCACUUUGCCGGCAAGUAUGAAAUCGAACUAUCACCCAUUCCGAGGAUGUAUAAGAGGCCUUACGAUAAACAAAAUUCCUCACGGUUUAAUCAAAGACAAAAGCACCGUCCAUCACAACAUAGGUCAAUGUUUUCCCAACAUAGAGCAAGGCUCUUACUUCGGCGGGGACGCCUUUGCGAUAUACAACAAAUACUUCCACAUCAAUGCGGUUUUGGAACUCAGUUUAGAGUUCCGGACGGCCGAACAAAACGGAAUUAUCAUAAGCGUGUCGAAUCCGCGCAACAGUCCGGCGCUCUCGAUCGAGUUACAGAGCGGGGCAAUUGUAAUGACGACGGACAAUGGUUACGGCACCAUCACGAACGUGACAAAUAACCUGUCCGAUUUCGCACUGUGCAAUAAUCAAUGGCAUAAUAUCACCGCCGUCUACACGAGUUCGGAGAUAACUAUCAACGUUGACGGAAUACGAAAGAGUUGGGUGCAACCCGAUGAUGAAACGCUGAUGGACGAACUGGAAGCGCCACUUUACAUAGGUGGAAUACCUGAUUACGCACCUGUUGGAACGCUAAAGAUGAAGGAGAACUUCAAGGGUUGCAUACGAAACAUGAAGAUAGGAAAGAAAACAGUCGACUGGUUAAACAUGGAACAAGUUACAAACGUUUUGCUAGACUCUUGUCCGAUGACCUCAUAAACUUAAAAAAGUAUUAUGAACAGCACUGCCAUUUUUUUUUGUACAUAGAAAUGUAAAUAAUUACAUAAUCACAAUUGCCAUAUUAAUUUAUAAUACAAUAGCCAUAAAAUGACUGAUUAAUUUACGUUAAAAUUAUAUUUUUGCUACAUUCCAAGCAAUCGCGGAUGUGGGAUUUUGUCACCGAAAUAGUAAUUUGUAAAAUUAUUCCAAAGUCAAGUUUCUGCCAUAAAGUCUUCUAAGUUUAAGUAAUUUAUUAUAAUUAAUGAAUGUACAACAUUGUAAAUAAAAUAAAAUAGUGCACAUUU